CUUUACGUUACAUCCGUUUUCCAACCGGUUAUUGCGUCGACAUUGAAAGAGAAAAUAAAGUUUCCCGUAAACGUUCUGCGAUUUAGCGAGGUACCACCAGCUAUGACCUCGAUAUAAGGAGUUGGAUAAACCGCGAGGGCCACGGAUCUCCCUACAGAAUGCGAUGGAUAUAAAAAUGAAGAACUUAUUCAACUUAUUCUUGUGUAUCGCUUUGGCUCAGUGUUGCACCGAGUUCUUGAGCAGAUGGAAGAACAUCGUGUGUCCCGCUUUUGUUCCGCAGGAUACCAGAACUGUUUGUAUUAGAAGCGAAAACAUAUUGCUGGUCACUAGAGUCGAUUAUCUUUUCAUCGAUUGCUACGGGACGGUGCCGGAUCGUCGGAUUUUCCAGUGUAUGCAACAACUCGAAAACACAAAUUUACUAAUACGCAAUUGUUAUUCUCACAAUUUUGGGUUGAAUGAACUUUUGUCUGGACAAGUCAUACGUAACUUGGAAAUUGUAUUUAUCACAACCGAACCGAACUACAGGAAAUUGCACAUAGAGAAGAUGCCAUUCGUCAGAAAUAUAACAAUGUACGGAAUAAAUUCCGCAGGAUUAUUCGACCUGACGUUCGAUUUCCAACCCGUCAUCUACGCAUUACAAAUACACUUCUACAAUUUCACUUCUUUUACGCAGACACCUUUUAAAAACCUGACAAACCUUCCAGUUCUGAAAAUAGUAUAUGGAAAACUGGAGUAUCUUCAGGAGAAUCUACUCCUAAACCUGAACGACCUCAAAGUACUAUGCUUGUACAAUAACAGAAUAAAAGAGAUUCCACGUGGAUUCUUUAAAAAUCUCACAUUGUUGAAUCAUCUGGAUAUAUCCUUUAAUCAAAUCGAGAACUUUUCGGAAGAUAUCUUUUCCGAUCUCUUCAGCCUAGAAGUACUUCGGAUCAAAAACAAUAAACUGACGGUUCUUCCGGAAAAUUUGCUCUCUCCCCUCACUCAGUUAAUCAGUCUCGAAAUGAGUGAAAAUAGAGGAAUGAGAAACUUACCCAAAGGAUUCUUAAAAGGCUUGACACGUCUAGAAACAUUUGCAGCAAUGAGAUGCUCUUUAACACAUGUGGAAGAAUCUUUAUUUUCAGACACUAUAUCUCUGAAACACAUCUACCUAGAUUAUAACGACAUCAGAAGUCUCCCGGAAAAAUUGUUCAAUAACACGGAAAAUUUACUCUUUCUGUUUCUAUUUGACAAUAAAUUAUCGACUUUGCCACCUCGUGUAUUUUCCAGCCUAACAAGACUCGGAGUCCUAGACUUAGCGUACAACAGACUGAACCAUUUACAUAAAGAUAUCUUCAAGCACUUAUCAACACUGGUAGUGUUGCGGUUAUCCGAUAACGAUUUGUCCUCCUUGCACCAAGAUACACUUCUACCUCUUUCGAAUUUGUACAUUAUCGACCUAUCAAAUAACAACUUCGAACAUUUACCCGCAAAAUAUCCUUUUGGUUCCAGCAAUUAUUUGCAAAAUGUGAAGAUCAGCAACUCGAAUCUGAAGACUUUUCCUAAUAUUGAUUGGUCGAAUAACAACCUGACUGAAGUCGAUCUAUCCCACAACCAACUUCGGGAAGUCACUCUACCCGUGUUUACCAAGAAGCACACCAAGAUAUUGCUCAACCACAACAACAUCUCCACCAUCUACAUUGACUAUCGACGACAUUCUAACAGUUAUCCAGUGUAUAACGUCACAGGAAACGUCAUCGAGUGCGACUGUCGAAUCAGACAGUUCUUGCGAUUUCUUCACUCUGACGAAAACGCCGUCCGCAUUUUUCCAGAUUCCAAUAUCCUGCGAUGCAAUGGACAUUCCGAAAGGAAACUAACAGAAAUCUGGCCAAUUUACAGUGUCUGUCCGCGGAAAGAGGAGUGUCCUAUCUUUUGCCAGUGCUACCUGACACUAGAAGGACAAACUGCAAUCGAUUGUUCUCGUAGAAAUUUGUCUAAUUCACCCGCGAAUCUUCCUACAAAUGCAACAUUCGUCUUUUUGAACGACAACCACAUUGCCAAUCUGUUCGAAGUAGACGGGACUACGUGGAAAAACGUCACACAUCUCUAUCUUAGUAACAAUUCUCUGACGUCACUGAACGAUUGGGUCGUUCCAGAUAAUCUCCGCUAUUUGGCUCUGGAUGGAAACAAGCUGUCGGAUUUGCCCCCUUCUUUAAUGAAGAGAGUGGAAUAUUCGUCAAACUUCAGCAUUUUUCUUUCCAGAAACAAGUCGAAAUGCGACUGCCAUUCUGUCCAUUUCAAGAAGUGGUUCACGCGGAAUUUGCUUAAGAUCCGUGAUUCCGAGAACGUAACCUGUCAGAGAGUCAAUAGAGUUAAUAAUUCCAUAACACACGAACUCAUUCGUAGUAUUCCACCAGAUAUAUUCUGUUUAGAAGAACCCGUGUUGCCUUUAUGGCAAGUGAUCGUUCUUACAGUUUCGGUAAUAUUCUUAUUGACUUUAUCAGUUCUUGCAGUCGCUUGUUUCCAUUAUCGACUUUCUAUAUUGGCCUUUCUGUACAGUCGAGACGUGUACUUGCCCUGUUUGAAUACAGUUGUAGAAGAAGAAGGUAAACAGUACGACGCUUUUAUAUGUUACAACGGUGCCGAUUCUGCCAUGUUGCAGAAAAUCUUUUUGGCUCAAUUGGUGUUCCUUUGCACGGCAGUAGAGGGGUGGAUCUUCGUCAGCGACCGUUUUGGUUACAUCAGUGCAAAAAUGAAUCGAAUGGUGGAAUGCGAAUCAAACGUUACCUCUUACAUCAACGACUUCGACAGAGCCAUUUAUUUGGAGUGUCGAGGAAAUACUUUCGACGCCGAACAGCUUCGUGUGUGCACUAAUAUUACUUACUUUUCUUUAAUGGUGUUAAGAGAAUGCCUUCUUCCCUCUCCCGACGUCAGAACAUUCCUGGGAGAUGAAAGACUCGAGGAAUUCUUUUUGAUUUCCGAAAACGUCACACCAUAUUCGCAAGUUAGCAUCAAGAACCUUCCGAACCUUCGCAACAUCACUUUAUAUCAUAUGGAAAAUGUCACGUACGAUUUAAAAGACCUAUACAACAUCGAGAGGAUCGCAGUGUUGCGCGUGAUGUCGGAAAAAUUUCCAAACGGAUUAUUCAAUGGGCUCCCAUCGUUAAGAAUGAUUUACGUAGUAUUAGGAAGAAUAAAAAGUUUUCCAGAAGAUGCAUUUCGAGGUUUGAAUAGACUGAAAUCUUUAAAUCUCUUCGACAAUCGUUUAGAGGAUCUUCCGGAGACCCUUUUCCGUGGAUUGCGAUCUCUAGAAGUACUUAAUCUAUACGGAAACUUGCUGACUUUUCUUCCUCACGCGAUAUUUAGGGGACUGUCGAGCCUUAAAAAGCUUUUUUUGAACGACAAUCGUUUAAAUAUUCUUUUCCCUUCCCUAUUUACAGAUAAUUUUAAUUUGGUAGUUCUGAGCAUAAGCAACAACAGUUUCCGUUUUCUACCGGAAAUACUAUUGCAAAACGUCUCAAAAUUACAGAGUUUCAGUGCCUGCAACUGCGACAUCAGUGACUUACACCAAAAGAUAUUUUCCACUUGUUUUGACUUAACUAAAGUUCGAAUUUGCGAAAAUCGAAUCGAUCGUCUACACCCCGAUUUGUUUGUAAAUAACGUGUUAAUCGAGAUUAUUGAUUUACACCACAACCAUUUGCAAGAAUUACCUUCCAACGUGUUCCGUGGAAACAAACGGCUGCAGGAACUGAAUUUAAGCAACAAUCUUCUGACCAAAAUUCCUUUCGAGGUAUUUUCGGACAUUCAAAAUAUUAAACAAUUGUUUUUAACUGGAAACAGAAUAACGAAGACUAAGGAGGAAAAGUUCGACGUCUUGAAAAAUCUGCGAAUGUUGUAUCUGGACAACAAUCCUCUGGGUUCUUUACCGGAGCCGACACCGUUCGGAAGACUGCCACGUUUGACAUUAUUGGAGCUUUCCAACACAUCCUUCACACAGUUUCCUCGAAUGGACUGGAGCGCGUAUAACAUCUCGCAGCUCAGACUGAAUGACAAUCGCCUGUCGAUUCUUCGCACCGAAGACCUCCCUCCGGAUAAUCGCACUAUAAUUUUUUUGACGGGCAAUAAUAUCACUACAGUCAAGGGAAAAAUCACUAGGAAUAUGAAUAACGUUACUCUCUGUGGCAACCCGUUCCGGUGUGACUGCGCUUUGAGGAAUUUCGUCGAAAAAGUUCAGUUUUUGGAAAACGGUCGAUCGCUGCUUUGCUAUUCUCCUUCUGACUUGAGAAACAAGACUUUCCAGGAACUGAUUCCUUCCUACGUGGUGUGUCCCGUUGUAGAACAUUGCCCAGCGAAGUGUCGCUGUUACUUAUUUAAAGGCUUUUCGGUCAUGGUGAAUUGUUCUUUCUCCAAUAUUUCCCAUUCUCCUGCAAUACUUCCCGAAAACACCACAAUAGUUCACCUGGAAUACAACUCUCUUUUCACAAUGAAAAUUACAGACAGUUGGUCAGGAGUGGAUGAACUGUACUUGGACCACAAUCGUUUGGAACCUUCCGAGGAUUGGACGUUUCCUUCUUCCUUGAAAUUUCUCACUCUUCGAUACAACGGUCUGCAAGAUUUUCCUGCAAAAUUUUUGCAAUACGUAAGUGAUUCUUCUUACAUUCGAGUAGACAUUAGAAACAAUGCAUUUUGGUGCAAUUGUUCUUUCAAACCUUUCAAAUUGUGGUUGAAUCACAACGUUCAUAAGAUUGUGAAAGUCGAAGAAGUGAAAUGCAAUAGAUUGUUGUCGGAGAACAACACCGUUAUCGUGUCUUCCAUAUUGAAUUUUCCGGAUGAUGCGUUUUGUUUGCCUCUUUUCCUCGCAUCGAACGUUCCUCUGAUCGUUUCCGGUUCCCUGUUCUCUGUGGUAAUAGUUGUAACAAUGGUGUUCGCUUUCUUAUUUCUAAAAUACAGAAACACGAUCUUGGCUUACGUGUACGUGCAUUUCCCUUUGCUGUACUGCUGCAAGAUUUCCGAACUGGACAAAGAUAAGGCGUUCGAUGCCUUCAUUUCUUAUUCCGGCAGCGACAGGGAUAUCGUCAUGUGUUUGUUGAAGGAACUGGAAGAAAAUGCUCCAUUCUUUAAGCUGUGCAUCCACGAGCGCGAUUGGAUACCUGGUUGUGACGUAAUAUGUCAGAUAGAAGCUUCAAUUAGAAACAGUAAGAAGACGAUAUUGCUCCUGUCCGAAGAAUUCCUGAACAGCGUGUGGUGUCAAGCGGAGUUUCAAGUGGCCUUGGUACAGUCUUUGGAGGAUAAGAUGGAAAGGAUGAUCUUUGUAUUGAAGGAUAUUUCGGUGUGUGACGUAGUUCCCGCGGACAUGCGCGAGUUGCUACUCAGCAGGACCUACCUGGUGUGGGGCGAAAGAUGGUUUUGGGAGAAGUUGAGAUACGCCUUACCUCGUUACUCGACUGAUAAACCGUUACAUCAUGAAGUUCACGAUGUGGAUAGAAUGAUCGCGGAAUUAAGAAGCGAUCAUUCUAUUUGA